UUGACUAAUCUUUGUAAAGCCAGACAAGAAAAAAAAACCCAGAUGUUCUGGACUUCUGGUUCGUAAUUCGUUUUUCGUUGAUUUCGUAAAUCAAAUCAAACGGGAAGAAUAAUGAGUGCGCUGAGAAAAACGGUGCUGCAUAAUUUCAAAAAAUUGCACAGAACACGUCUGCGAGUGUUUGAUGGUGACGAAAGAGCUUUAAUUGCAGCUAGAACUAAAAUUAACGAGGAAUUUAAUAAAAAUAAACAUGUUAAAGAUGAGGACGCUAUCAGAGCAAUGAUUCAGUUUGCAGAAGAUGUUGAAAGAGAGUUGAGAUGUCAAGUUAUUCAAGCAAGAGAAGUUAAACCUGGCGUUUUUGAGGCUAAGAUCACAGAUGACACCUUAAAAAUAGAUAAUAUACCGUACAAUGAUAGUGCAAUACCAGACGAAGCUGUACCUGGACAAAAACCGUGUUGUCAGGAUCAAGUGAAGAAUACACAGUUAUAAGAAAAUAUGCUACUUUAAUGAGAUUUUAUUUAUUUGUAGAUAUAUAGGUAGAAGAUGAAUAGUUGUAGUCUGUAGACUUAAGGUUACUAAAUGGAAUUAAAAUAUAUCUGUUAGCAUUA